AUGUCGACGUUUGAAUCUGCAAUAACGGAGGAUGUAUCUGAUCAUACAAGCGAUGAUUCAAUUCCUGUUCCACUUGUAGCCUUGCAACCUGGUGAAGUAUUACUGGUAAACGAUAAUAUGAAUAAAAUUGAUGAUCUAUGUAAUGAAACACGAUGUUGUAGAAAAAAAUCUGAAUUAAUUAAAAAAUAUUUUCAAAAAUGGUCUGGACAGCAUAAAUCGAAUGAAUCAUCGAUUCAAUUUAUUGAAUAUAUUAUUACAUUUGUUGGUACUUUUAUUGGUCUUGGAAUUAUAUCGGUUGUUCAUUAUCGAAUACUAGCAGAACAUGAUUUAACUUUCUUACUUGGUUCAUUUGGAGCAUCAUGUGUACUUCUUUUUGCAGCUCCAUCAAGUCCAUUAGCACAGCCACGUAAUGCAGUUUUUGGUCAACUAAUUGGUGCUACCGUUGGUUGUAUUGUACGUAUUAUAUUCGAUUAUAUACAUGAACAAUUCAUCGCUGCAACUUUAUCAGUUGCUAUUAGUAUUUUAAUUAUGCAAUUGACUAAUACAUUACAUGCACCAGGUGGUGCAACUGCAUUAAAUAUGAUUAUGACAAACACAACUUAUCCUUGGUAUGGUUUUCAGUAUAUUCUUAUGCCUACUCUAUCAGGAACAAUUAUUUUAAUAAUUGUUGCCGUAAUUAUUAACAAUUUAUCAUCUAAAAGACAUUAUCCUGUCGCGUGGUGGUAG